AGAUGGCAAGAUGAAGGGAGGGAGAAGAGGAGGAUGAGGACAGGUUGGGCAGAGCUGGCGGGGAGCGAAAGUGUUGCUGGGGCAACAGGAGAGACGAUGAGGUGGGACAUGUCAGUGGAGUGUCAAUAAUAUGUGGCCUGGCUGGCUGACAGGACACACACAGACAUACUGUAUACGGUACACGAGUACAAAGACCCAGUGUCUAUAGUUCGCCAGCCAAUCCAUAAAAUGAUAUGAUAAUAUAGUAAUACCAUAUAUUCUCUUCCUGUGAUUUAUCCUGAUCUGCUAUCUUGGCAGAGCUACUGAGAUGUACAUAAUGUGAGAGAUGAGCGAGAAGGAGAGAGAUGGACAACAAGGGACACGCAAGUAGACAGAAAGGCACAGAGACAAUGUUAGGAACUGGCAGCCUUUCUCAUCCAGCUCACCCACUGGGGUUUGCUCACACACUGUCUCUCUCUCUCUCUUUCUGUCUCUCUCCUUUCUCCCUCACUUCCCACCUUCUCUUUUUCUUCUCUUUCUCUCUCCCCAUCUCUGAGUCUCAGUCAGUGUCUGAGGUGUAGAAAGUGGGGUGGGUUGGAGGGAUGAAAUGACCAGAAGAGAGGGAGAGAGGGCUCACAGGUGUGCAGAUGGAGGAUGUUGAGGAACACUCAGCCAACGCUGGGGCCUGUUAUCCAAAACAAGAUCCCUCAGAGCGUGGUGGCGGUCACAUGAUCUCGACGGAUGACCUGGAGUACCCGCGGGAGUACCGGACGCUGGGGAACGGGACGCGGCGUUUCUCCAACGUGGGUCUGGUGCACACCUCGGAGCACCGCCACACAGUCAUCGCAGCCCAGAGCCUGGAGGCCCUUACCAACCUGCACAAGGUGGACAUGGAGCGCAAGAGGGAUGCCUUCAUGGACCACCUGAAGAACAAGUACCCGCCCCAGCUGCAGCACCCCGGGCAUCAGCACCACAACCCCCCCUCGCCCUCACCCUCCCAUGGCAGCAUGAGGCAGCCUGACAGAGAGCGAGCCGCGCGCGAACAGCAACAACCCAACUACUGGAGCUUUAAGGUCAGUGCUAGUCGUAGCCCACGUCACUCCCAGUCCACCCAGUCUGGGCUAGCUGACCAGGCCGCUAAGCUGUCCUUUGCCUCGGCUGAGUCUCUGGCUGAGACCAUGUCUGAGGCUGACAUCCCCCUGGGGUUCAGCCGAACCGACCGCUUCCGCCAGAGUCUGCCCCUGUCCCGCUCGGCCAGCCAGAACAAGCUGCGCUCCCCAGGCGUGCUGUUCCUGCAGUUUGGGGAUGAGACGCGGCGGGUGCACAUCACCCACGAGCUGAGCAGCCUGGACACGCUGCACGCCCUCAUCGUGCACAUGUUCCCCCAGAAGCUGACGGCGGGGAUGCUCAAGUCCUCCAACACGGCCAUCCUGAUCAAGGACGAGGCGCGCAACGUCUUCUACGAGCUGGAGGACAUCCGGGACAUCCAGGACCGCAGCAUCAUCAAGAUCUACCGCAAGGAGCCCAUCUACGCCUCCUACCCCGCCACACACCUGGUCAACGGGGACCUUAGGAGGGAUCUGGUGUACACGUCCCGAGAGUCCUCCCCCACCCGCCGCCUCAACACCCUGCCCUCCUCCUCCGCCUCGCCCCCAUCCGGCUCCCCAUCCCGCUCCCGUCUGUCUUACAGCGGGGGUCGGCCCCCCUCCUUUGCUGGGCCGGGUAGUCACCCCCAGUUACAACAACACUCCCAGCACCAGCAGCACCCCCAGCAGCACCAGCCCCAGCACUCCCACCACCCUGGAGCCGGCUCCCACCACGGGGGCCUCAACGCCGGCCUGUCCUCCUCCCCUAGCGCCAUCCUGGAGCGCCGCGACGUCAAGCCCGACGAGGAGGUUUCUGGGAAGAACAUGAUGCUGGUGAAGGAGGGGCUGUACGCCGACCCCUACAGCCUGGUACACGAGGGCCGCCUCAGCAUCGCCUCCACACAGUCGCUGGCUGCCAUCGGAGACCCCUUCGGCUUCCCCGUGUCUGGUGGGCUGUAUCGCCGCGGCUCUGUGCGCUCCCUCAGCACAUACUCUGCUGCCGCCCUGCAGGGGGAGCUGGAGGACGCCCUGUACAAGCCUGGAGGUCCCCUAUACUCCGACUCCUAUUCCUCAGCCACACUGGGCAUGGGCUUCCGCAUGCCCCCCUCCUCCCCCCAGAAGAUCCCUGAUAUGCAGCUGAGGGACAGGGGGGACUCGUACUCUAGCUCCCCCAGCCGAGCCUCUCCGGUCAGGCAGACCUUCCGCAAGGACUCAGCCUCCUCUUCCGUGUUUGUGGAGAGCCCCAAGUCCAGGCCCAGUUCCAGCUCUGACCCUCUGGUCCUGCAGGCCGGGCCAGGAGGGGACGGGAGCAGGUUUGCGCCCGGAUACAGCUCCCCACUCCCUGGAGAGACUUCUGAGUCCAGGGAGCGUCUGGAUCGUCUGGAUCGUAUGGAGGCCAUGGAGAAACAGAUAGCCAGUCUGACAGGCCUGGUUCAGAGUGUACUGACCAAAGCACCCGACAGUGACAGCACAUGCGGCCUACUGCGUCUCUGCAUGAUGGCGGGCUGCCCUCCGGACCAGGGCUCGGAGUUCUCACGGCCCUUCCCUUUCUCUUCCAGCGAGAAGACCGAAUCCAACAGCGACGGCUCCGCCACUGGAACUGGACGGCUGAAGCGGAAAGCUCUGACGCCGUCGGCCCCGCUGGCUCUGAUGCCCCCCCCUCCCUCCGGAGACAGCCAGGUCACCACCGUCACCCGGCUGCAGAUGCAGCUUCACCUCCACGACCUGCAGCAGAACGCCACCGACCUGCGCAAACAGCUCUCCCAGCUCCGCAAGAUGCAGCUCCAGAACCAGGAUAGUGUGAAGACGCUGCUGAAAAGAACGGAGAAGGAGCUGAACGUGCGUGUGAGUGACGCUCUGAGGAAGCAGGAGGACCCUCUGCAGCGACAGCGCCUCCUGGUGGAAGAGGAGAGACUCAAGUACCUCAACGAGGAGGAGUUUAUCAUCCAGCAGCUCCAUGACCUGGAGAAGUCAGUGGAGGAUAUCCAGAAGGGUUCGUCUGUCAAUCACAAACUGGUGACGGUUCAGGAGCUGGAGGAGAAGGCCUCGCUUCUGAGGAAACUAGGAGAGACACUCACAGAGCUCAAGAACCAGUUCCCCAGUCUGCAGAGUAAGAUGCGGGUGGUGUUGAGGGUGGAGGUGGAGGCUGUCAAGUUCCUGAAGGAGGAGCCACACAGACUGGACGCCCUGUUGAAACGCUGCAAGAGCGUCACUGACACACUGACCACUAUGCGCAGGCAAGUGAACGAGGGCGUGUGGAAGAAGCAGGAGGACUUCCCCAAGCACAGCAGUGAGGACUUCCGUAAGAGUUCUGACUUUGACAUGCCCACCAGCCCCCCUCUCAACCUCAGUGACCUGAGGGGCGGCAGCAGCCUGUCUAACUGGAGCCCCCACUCCAGCCACAGCCAUAGUCACAGUCAUGGUCAUGGACCCAGCCACCCCUCCUCUGGCCCUCACAGGGACAAUCAUCCCCCUGUGCCUCACAAGGGCCGGGCCCUGGAAGAGCUGGCCAACCGCGCUGCCGCUGAUAAGGCUGUGUCUGUGGAGGUUCGACUGGCAGCAGAGAGGGACUGGGAGGAGAAGCGGGCCAGUCUGACCCAGUACAGUGCUCAAGACAUCAACCGUCUGCUGGAGGAGACCCAGGCUGAGCUGAUGAAGGCCAUCCCAGACCUGGACUUUGCCGCCAAGCAGAUCAACAAGCCCUCCUCCAACACACCCUCCCAGUCUCAGACCCCCCAGAGUGGGGGAGGGACCACAGAGCACCGCCCUACCAAGCCCCAGCACGCCACACACAAGCUCUCGGGGAAGGAACCUGGCUCCAGACGUGGUUCUGAUGCAGAGCAGCUGACAGUGACUCGCUAUCGUACAGAGAAGCCCUCGAAGUCGCCCCCUCCCCCACCACCUCGACGCAGCUUCCCAUCAUCCCCGGCUGGCCUAAUCACCCGCAGUGGAGAGACCCUUAUCCCCGGCAAGAGCAUGAAGUCGGAGGUGGAGGAGGCAGAAGCACAGAAGCCCUAUGUGAAGCUGCGACGGACGGUGUCUGAAAACCCGCGUCCUGCGUCCACCCCUCCCACCAUCGCCUCUGGAGACAAGGAGGAGGGAGAGGAGGGCAAGAUCGCUGCUGAACUGGAGCUGUCUAGAGCAUCGUUGGACCGCUCUGGCCUACAGUGGAAGCAGGGCAACUCAGACUUCACUGCCAGCAUACUGGCAUCACACUCACAGGCACAGAGCACAGCCCUUCCUGGUCCAUCCUUCUCUCCUGUCCCCCGGAUUGUGCUGACAGAGUGUGUGUCAGUUUCACUCUCUCCCUCAGAAGGCUUUGUCAGAGACUUGACACAGGACCAUCAGAUGUCCCCAACAUUGGACCUGUCCCAGAGCCAGACUGCUCCUCCCCAGACAGUCCCCCAGAUCCAGGAGGUCUCUAAGGGGAAGGAUCCCGUCAGCCAUCCCCAGAGGAAGCCCUCUCGGCGGGGGGAGCUGAGAAUCCUGGACUCCUUUGAGAAGGAGGAAGAGAGGGAGGAGAGAGAAGAGCUGUCCUUGGUGGUGACUGAGCUGGGGGUGAUGGUGAUGUCACCCUCGGAGGCCCAGAAGCUCAGCAGGACCUGGGGAGAGGAUCUACAGACACUCACCAUCCCACCUCAGCCUUCAGAGGAAAGCACUGAAACCCGUCUGUGUGGGGCUCCACUACUGGUACUCUUCAGGGAGACUGUGACGGUCAGAGAGGCCUACAGGAAGCUGCAGUUACUGCUGGGCAGGGAGGAAGACACAGGGAGACACCCCAAGCCCAGAGCAGGAUCUUCUCACAGCAGCCUCAAUACCCUUGGUUCCAGGGUAACUCUCACCCCUGAGCAGCAGGACUCUCUGAGAGAGGUUCUGAGGAGAGGGGUGGAGACAGGGGCCAGGAACCUGAAACUCCCUCACAGCACUGGAACAAAGAGCAUUCUAGCCACCCUUCCGGAGCCCAGUCAGGACUCUGCAGAAGCAGCAGUGAAACCCAAAGGGUCUACAGGUUGUAAGGAGAGCCAGGCCAGGGAAGAACAGGGACUGAACCCCUGGAAGCAGGGAGAGGACAUUAGGAGCAGCACCUACAGCAGGCUGGACAGCCUGGAUGAAACCAUCCGUGAGCUGGAGAACACCCUGCUGGAGCUCAGUGGCCACCCCACCACAGUGCAUCUCUCCAACCGCACACUCCCCACUGACACUUCCUUGUCAGAGGCUCCAGCCCCAGCCCAGAUGCCUGGCACCAGCACCUCAGAGACCAAGAAGCCCCCAGUCCCACCCAAGCCCAAACCCUCCUAUACUCCUGCCACGAUGACCAAGGGAGGCAACAGCUCUUCAGCUGUGGGUAAAGUCCACUCCUCGGCUGCCUCUCGACUGAAGCACCUGCAGCAGAGCAGCACAGAGAAGACCAAAACUGGCAAGAGGGAAGACUUCCUCAAGGGCCAGCAGCAGUGAGUGAGGGACCAGCCCGUGCCUGUCCUCUCCAGACUCCUCCUCAGCACCAACCACCUGACUACAGAGCUGCAUCUGACCCCCACCCCAUCCCCUGCUACUCCUAGUCCAUGCCCUUUAGCCCCCCUACCCUCUGUUGGCUUAACAAUGGGUAUUAGCAGUCUCUGACUCCUGUACCCUCUCAUGUCCUACAUUGACCCCACAAUGCACAAGAUAUCUACCACUCUCCCCUUGGUGUGUUUGUGUGUGUGUUCUGUAUGUUUGUGUGUGCGCAUGUCUGUGUGAAUGGAAGGGUGCUGUCGGGGACCACUACCAACUAUAUGACUGUACUCUCUUUUUUCAUUUCUCUUUUUCCCCCUGAAACCUUUCCAAUUUUCCCAAUUCUCCAUGUUCCUCCUCCUGUUCCUCCUCUUCCUGGUCUGUCCCUGGGUCUGACCCAUAGGCCCAUG